GAGAGCGUGGGACGCUGAAUACUAAAGUCUACAGUUCGCAGAGGUGAAGGAGAAGAAAGGAAGCUUUGCUCGCUCAAGAUGAUGAAAAUGGAAAUGCUUCCUUCAAACUUUUCUUAUGGUGAUGAGGACCGUAAGAAUCUUCAGCAGCUGCUUGAAGCAUUUGGUUCUGUCGUUUCACUUGAAGAUAUUGCUUCAGCUUAUUGUAAAGCAGGUCGCGAUCCUUCUAUUGCUGGUGACAUAAUCUGCAAUCUGCAAGCUAGCACAUCUACAACUUCAAGUUCUGAGAAUACAGAGAAGAGUGACACACUUCACAAUGAUGUUGAGGAAUUUCUGUUUAAAAUGCUUGGAGAUGGCUUUUCACUCAAUAUGAGUACAAUCCACAAUGUUGUUGGUCAAUGUGGAUUUGAUGUGAACAAGAGUAUGGAGUCACUCAUAGAUUUGUCAGCAGCAACUUUGGAGAAGUCUGAUGAUAUUGUCAGCAUAGAUUCUGAAGAAUUUCCAAAUCUGAAAUCAAAUUCAUCUCGAGAUUCUGCUGAAAGUUCCAAAAGGACCAAAACAAAUAACACAGCUGCAGAUGAACUUCAGUUACAAAAGAUGAAAAGGAAAAAUGAACUUCAAAAAGAAAUUUUACAGUCAUUGUUUUCUCACCCUGGAAGAUAUGAUGAUGAAGUAGUAGCUCGACCUUCAAAGGAAUCUCGGAGAAGUAGAUUUGUUGUUGAUAAACCGCUAGAAUUACCAGAGAUAGAACAUCGCACUGUCAUUAUAAGACCUCAUGUUACCCAAAUGAAUGAUGAUGAUGAUGAUGAUAAUGAGGAAAGUUAUGAAGUUCUGCGAGAAGCAGUAAAGGAGCACUGGACUACAAUGAAAGAGUACUAUAAGGCUGCUAUUGAGGCAUUUGUUAAAGAAGACCGCGUAAGAGCAUACAGGCUUCUAGAGGAGGGAAAUUUUUUUAUGAAGAAGGCUCGGGAAGCAGAUGAAAAGUCUGCUCAAAAGCUUCUUCAACCCAGAUAUAAGUGUGAAGAGUUGUCCUUUGAUGUGCACCAUUUUGCGCCAAAAGAUGCAAUUGACUUUCUGAAAGGGCAGUUCAAUACUUAUGUGGGACUCCCACUUCCACCUUUCCAGUGCUUUCGUGUGAUUGUUGGGGUCAAUGAUGAUGAUGCCACCAAUGGACCUCGGAAGCGUUUGGUUGCAAAGUAUUUCGAUAAACGCUCAAUACCAUGGACAGAGGAAGAGAAUGGAAAGGUUUUGGUGAUCAAGGUGGAGGAUAUAGAUCGCCAGAAACUGACUUCUUACAAAAGCGUACCCAGAAACUGAGUUUUUCCAAAAGCAUUACCGGCAGCAUGCCAUAAGCUUCACCAACUUUGUUGUCCUGUAUCCUAAACUAAAAUUUGAACAUUUUUGGAUGGCUAUCUGAUUGAAAACUUUGGAAUUCAAAAUUCGGAUAUCCACUCCGGCCCCAUGAGAACUGUAGUUUCUUUCUCUUUUUGCCUGUGCAAUACAGCCAUAUGGCAGUAUUGCCAGAGACCUUAAGUUAUUUGUAAUGGUGACAUUUUGCCUUCCUUGGCCAAACUUGACUGCCAGUUUUCAAUUUCAUUUCUCUCUUUCUUUUC